ACAGAGAGUCUGUGAUGAAUUUAUUGAGAGACUGAAAGAAGAGAGAGAGAGAAUGGAAAAAGAGAAAGAAGAUCUUCAAUCUAAACAUGAAGAGGAAGAAAAAAAAUUCAGAGAGAGAGAAGAAAAGGAGAGUAAAAUGCUUGAGCAGAUGAAACAGGAACGACUGCAGAGGGAAAAACAAACACAAGAUUUAACACAGAAAAGAGAAGAAAAGAAAAAAGAAAAACAGAAAUCUGAACAUCACAAGAAACAAAGUCCAGUUCCUGAUCACACAAAUAUGAGAGAUCUGAGGAUUGUUCUGCUGGGGAAGAGUGUGUCAGAAAACAGUCGAGUGGGAAACUUCAUCUUGGGGAAAGAUGUGUUUGACAGUGAAGUUCUACCGUUCCAGCCGUGCAGUCAGAGAGUUGGAGGAAGACUGAAGGACAGACGUGUGAUGGUCAUCAACAGUCCUCAGCUGCUCCACACACACAUCUCAGUUCAUCAGAUCACACAGACCGUGAGAGAGUGUGUGUCUCUGUCUAAUCCAGGACCUCAUGCCUUCAUACUCGUACUGCAGUAUAAAGACUUCACUGAGGAGGACAUGAGAAGAGUCAAACGAGUGCUGGAGAAAUUCAGUGAAGAGGCCAUUAAACACACUAUAGUGAUCACGACUGAUAAAACGUCAUGCAUGUCAUGGAGUCCUUUUUUUAAGAAUAAAUUGCUUUCUGAGUUAAUAAAGCAGUGCAGAGGAAGACAUCUGCAGAUUGAUAAAAGAAACCCAGAAUGGCGAUCAGAGAUUUUCAAGAGUGUUGAUAAGAUACUCGAGGAGAACCAGGAAGACUAUCUCACAUGUGAGUUAUUUCAUGAUGUUAUAAGACCACCAGUAGAUGAAGAGCUGAGCAGAUCUGAGGAAGAAAAUGAGGAGCAUUAUCAAGAAGAUAAGAAAGAAAGACAGAAAGAGAGAAGUGAUGAAGUGUCAGAAAAUGUCUUUGGAAAACAGAAGCUGAACCUGGUGCUGUGUGGAAGCAAGGGAUCACUUACAGUCUCUGUGUCCAAACUUUUACGAGGGAAAACAUGCGAUCCUUCAAAUCAGAAGGCGAACAGUGAAGAGUGUGUGAAGAGAGAGGAGAGGAUACAUGAUCGUGUGAUCAGUCUGGUGGAGCUUCCAGCUGUCAAUCAUCUCUCAGAAGAAGAAGUGAUGCGUCAGACUCUCCGCUGUGUGUCUCUCUGUGAUCCUGGAGUUCAUGCUUUCCUCCUCAUUAUUCCUGUUGGUCCACUGACUGAUGGAGACAAAGCAGAAAUAGAGAAGAUCCAGAAGAUAUUUGACUCCAGACAGCACUUUAUGGCGCUCUUCAUCUCAGAUAUCAGUGUUGAAGAUCCAGUGACAGAGUUUGUCAAAUCCAGCACAGAUUCUCGGAGGUUAAUCAGUCGUUGUGGAGGUCAGUACAGAGUGAUGGAGUUAAAGGAGUCUGAAAACUCAAGACAGAUCCCAGAACUGCUGGAUUAUAUAGAGAAGAUGAAGACUGAACCAUAUUCACUUCAGAUGUAUGUGAAAGCUCAAGAGAAGAGAGUCAAGCAUGAAACUGUGGAGAAAUAUAUAGAAGAAAUGAAGAGACUGGAGAAUGAAUUAAAAGAGUUACAAGAGAGGAUUCAAUCAGACGGAGCUGAAGGUCAAUCAGAUGAUCAGGAGAGUCUGAGGAUUGUGCUGAUCGGGAGGACAGGAAGUGGAAAGAGUGCAACAGGAAACACUAUUCUGGGAAGAAAGGAGUUUCACAGCCAAAUGAGCUCAGAUUCAGUGACGACUGUGUGUGAGAAGAGAGUUGGUGAAGUUGAUGGUCGAUCAGUCGCUGUUGUUGAUACUCCAGGACUCUUUGACACGACACUGACAAAUGAUCAUGUGGUGGAAGAAAUAGUUAAAUGUGUUUCACUGUCGUCACCUGGACCUCAUGUGUUCAUCAUUGUGUUGAGUCUGGGAAGAUUCACCAAAGAAGAAGCAGAAACUGUAGAUCUGAUAAAGAAGAUCUUUGGUCAUAAAUCUGCUCAGUUCAGCAUCGUCCUGUUCACUAGAGGAGACGAUCUUGAGAAUGAGUCCAUAGAAGAUUAUUUGAAGAGAAGUAAUUGGGCAGAACUAAAGAAACUGAUCAGAGAUUGUGGAAACAGAUUCCUGGCUUUCAAUAACAGAGAAAAACAAGACAGAACUCAAGUAGCUCGACUGUUGAACAUGAUAGAAGAAGUGAAAAACACCAAUGAGGGUCGAUACUUCACUAACAGCAUGUUUGAGGAGGCAGAGAUGUCCAUUAAAAAGAGGAUGGAGCAAAUAAUGAAAGAGAGAGAAAAGCAGAAUCAGAGAGAAGAAUUACAAGCUAAAUAUGAGAUGGACAUGACAAUCACAAUGAAGAGACUCGAGGAAGAGAAACAAAGAACAGAUGAGGAGAGAAAGAAAAUGGAGAAUCAAAUCAGAGAAAAAGAGGAAAAACUGAGAAGAGAGUUUGAAGAGAAAGAGAAAACAGAACAGAAGAAACGAGAGAUUGAAAACCAGAAACGAUCAGAAGAGGAAAAACAGAGAAAAGCUGAAUAUAAUCAAAAAAUAGAAGAGAUGAAGAGAGAGAUUGAAAAUCAGAGAUUACAGUAUGAAAAACAGCAAAAAGAAAGAGAAGAAGAAGACAGAAAGAGAGAAGAGAAAUACAGACAAGAUCAAGAAAAGAUGAAACAUGAACAAGAACGAAUUACAGCAGAAUUACAGAAAAAGCAAGAAGACGAAACUAAAAAGAGAGAUUUGGAGGAAAAAAGGAGGAGGAAAGAAGAAGAGGAAGAGAGACAGAGAUGGGAAAGAAAAAUAAAAGAGGCUGAAAAUGACAGAAAAGAUAUUCAAGAGGAAAUUAAACGACAGCAGAGAGAAUGGGAGGAUAAAAAUAAACGCCAGAUGAGAGAACGAGAGGAAGAAGAAAGAAAGAGAAGAGAGAAACACGAAGAACAACUGAGAGAAAAACAAGAAGAACUGGAGAAAAUGAGAAAGAGAUUUGAGAGAGAGAGAGAAGAAGAAAGACAGAAGAUAGAGGAGGAGAGAGAGAAACAGAGAAGAGAAAGAGAAGAAAAAGAGAGAGAAUAUGAGGAAAAUUAAACUAAAAUGGAAAGACAUUAUGAACAACUGGAACGAGAGAGAAAGGAGGAGUGGGAGAAAAGAAAACGAGAAGAUGAUGAGAGACGAGAAGAAGAGAAAAAGAGAU